AUGGCAACUGUUGGAAAAGUCCCCGUAUCUGUAGGACAUGAAAGUUCGCUCUCCGCAGCUCUCGAAGCCCAGAAAUAUCUUCAAUCACGACUGACGGCGACCUCCGAGACGACAUCCUUCCGCUCAAUCCCAAUAAUCGAUCUCACAAAAUCAUUCUCUUCGUCCCUAACUGAUCGACAAGAAGUAGCCCGACAAAUCAACGAAGCGUGCACGACUGUGGGUUUCUUCUAUAUCACCGCUCAUGGAAUUCCAGAAGAAGUUUGCAACAAUGUGCUCAAUCUCGCCCACCGAUUCUUCCACGAACUGCCUCAAUCCUCGAAAGAAGCAAUCCAUAUGAAGCACUCGAAUCACUUUCGCGGAUAUGAACCUGCAGCUUUCUCGUCCGUGAAUGACUUCACGAGUAAAGAGACAAAGGAAGCUUUCAAUUGGGGAUACGAAACUGGAUUGGAUCCAACCGGCGGAGAUGGAAAAUAUGUGGAACUUGAUGGGACUUCGGAAGGAGCUGUGAACCAGUGGCCCCAAGAGUCUGAAUUGCCUGGGUUCUACAACGGGAUCUCGAAAUAUUACGGGGAGGUCCUUCAACUAUCGAGACAUCUCUUCCGCCUCUUCGCCCUCUCACUUGCCCUCCCUGAAGAUUACUUCGAAACCCUCAUGACACAUCCUGGAGGAAUAGCAAGGCUGAUCAGAUACCCACCGAGCAUCAACCCGAAACCCCUCUCCGCACUGAACGAAGAUGAAGAAAUUGGCUUGGGAGCACACACCGACUACGAAUGCUUCACACUCCUUCUACAAGACUCGAAUCCAGGCCUGGAAAUACUGAGUCCAGAUGGCCACUGGAUUAGUGCCGAACCAGUAAAUGGUGGCAUCGUGGUCAAUGUGGGAGACUUCUUAAUGCGUUGGACGAACGGAGUAUACAAAAGCACUGUGCACCGAGUGGUCAAUCGUACGGCGAAGGAGAGAUACAGUACUCCACUUUUCUUCUCGAUCAACUAUGAUGAGAUUGUGGAGACAUUGCCAUCCUGUCUCAGCAAAGACAACCCUUCGAAAUUCCCUCCCAUCACGGCUGGGAGGUAUGUGUUAGACAGGUUGGCACUCACAGUGAAGACCGGAAAGUACUGA